CUGCACACCCAUAGCUACCCUAAAUCCGACGACAGCUUCGUCAGCGUAGAUGAUUUGAUAGACCGGACUAAAACUCUCGGUCUGGAUGGUAUCUGUUUAACUGACCAUGACGAAUUCUGGUCUGCUGAAGACGUUAAGAUCCUGUCUGUAAAGCAUAACUUCCUGGUGUUGUCAGGAAGCGAAAUCAAUACUGAUGCGGGUCAUAUUCUCGUAUUUGGCCUCAGUGAGUACGUUUUCGGAUUGCACAAGCCCGCGUUUUUGCGCCAGAUGGUCAACAAGCAUCAUGGUGUAAUGAUUGCGGCCCACCCCUAUCGCCGCCGCUUUUUGGCUGACCCGGGCAAGGACCCAGAUGCCAGGGCGGAGAUGCUGGAACGUGCCCUGGCAGACGAUGUUUUCCGGAUGUGUGACGCCAUUGAAGGGUUUAACGGUCGUGGAAAAACUGACGAAAACUCUUUUUCUCAGGACGUUGGCAAUGCCUUUAUGCUGAAGGCUACUGGAGGCAGCGACUCCCACCGCCUGGAGCAGUUAGGAACAGUGGCGACCAGGUUUGACCGCCGGAUAAAAGACCUCGAUGGCUUCAUAGCCGAAAUCAAGGCUGGCAGGUUUAGCGUAGAGUCUCUUCGCUGA